AUCUCUUGCUUUGUCAGCACAUGUGUCUCCUCGGACAAUUCAUUUUUGAAUGUUAGACAAGAGCCCAGUUUUGGGCCCAGGAAGGGGCCCCCGUUCCUACAACAAAAUCAUCCAUGUAAUGUUACCAGUUUGGCAGGAUGUCAGCUACAUACAGGGGAUUCCUUAUCCAGUCACCAUGUGCACCUCAGAGACUUUCAAAGCCCUGGACGCCUUUGAAGCCAGAAGCGAUGACAUAGUUCUAGCAUCUUAUCCAAAGUGUGGUUCUAACUGGAUUCUCCACAUCAUUAGUGAAUUAAUGUUUACUGAUUCUAAACAAAAGUAUGAAUACCCAGAAUUCCCAGUUCUUGAAUGUGGGGACCCAGAAAAAUAUCAGAGAAUGAAACAGCUUCCAUCACCAAGGAUUUUGGCAACUCAUCUCCAUUAUGACAAAUUACCUGGGUCCAUCUUCAAGAACAAAGCCAAGAUACUGGUGAUAUUUCGAAACCCUAAAGACACAGCAGUAUCUUUUUUCCAUUUCCACAAUGAUGUUCCUGAUAUUCCAAGCUAUGGUUCUUGGGAUGACUUCUUCAGACAGUUCAUGAAAGGACAAGUUUCCUGGGGAAGCUAUUUUGAUUUUGCAAUUAAUUGGAACAAACAUCUUGAUGAUGAAAAUGUUAUGUUCAUAUUAUAUGAAGACCUGAGAGAGAAUCUGGCCACUGGAAUAAAACGAAUUGCUGAGUUCUUCGGAUUCUCUCCAUCUGGGGAGCAGAUUCAAACUAUUUCAACACAGAGUACCUUCCACGCCAUGCGAGCAAAGUCCCAGGAAACGCACGGUGCCGUGGGCCCGUUCCUGUUCCGCAAAGGUGAAGUUGGUGAUUGGAAAAGCCUGUUCAGUGAAACUCAGAACCAGGAAAUGGAUGAAAAAUUCAAAGAGUGCUUAGCUGGCACUGCCCUGGGAAAAAAGUUGAAGUAUAACUCAUACUGCCAGCCUUGAUUCUGGUCAAUUCAGCUUAUUUUCCUUAAUAAUAACUGAAUUUAAAUAUCAAUAAUUACAUAAUAAUCUAAUCAAUAAUGAUAAUUAAAAACAUUCAGACAUAAACAAUCUGUUUAAUAAUGAAAACAAAUGAAAAUUUUGAGCACAAACUUAAGUUUGUUCACUUUUUACAGAAAGAUACUUUAGCCAUCCAAAAGGGAUGCUGUAUUUAAUGAUGUAUCCUGGAGUUCUAACUUCUUUCAUGCUCUGGGUUCACACAAGACCAUAAGCCAACACUAUUGGAGAUAUACCUAAAUCUGUUUGAGCAUAGAUGAGACAGGCCUUUCUGUCUCAUGAUCAUGAUCUGUGAUCAUUAUCACAAUGCUUUGUCCUCUCACAAAAAUCUCUCUCUUCCUCACUAUGGAUCAGAGCCCUUGUGAUCUGCUCCUUUCUGAACUUACUGCUGUGAGAAAUUUAAUUCCAAUUCUUCCCUGAAGUAAAAUGAAUAAAUACUAUUCUAAUUUGAUUUAAGAAAAACACAUUGCUCAUGUACUCUGUGUAUGUCAUUUAAGAAAGCUCUAUGGAGGCCCACUCUCAAGGGACUUUAUAUUUCUACUUAAUACAAGCUUUACUUUAAAGCUAAAGAUUAGAGGUUGUGUUAUUCUGGCAUGCCAGCUUUCCUAACAGAGAGCCUCAAGUAAGCGUGUGGAAUCUAUAAGAGAAAGCAGAAAAUGUUCUGGGGCGGGGACAAACCUUUAAACAAUAUCCUUAAUAU